AUGGGGAUGGAGGCAUUGCACAGAGCGCGCGGGAGCUCGCCCCGGUGCUGCCCGCAGAGAGCACCCGCGCUUGGCCGUCACCGCUGCGUCUUCUCCGGGUGGGCACCGUGCCAGCUGCCCGGCAAUCCUGGGGGGGCUCAGGGCUCGGGGCUGACGGGGGGUCUCGCUUCUCGCAGAUGCUGCAGGACUGCCCGAAGGCCCGCAGGGAGGUGGAGCUGCACUGGAGGGCAUCGCAGUGCGCGCACAUUGUCCGCAUCAUGGACGUCUACGAGAACCUCUACCAGGGGCGGAAGUGUCUGCUCAUCGUCAUGGAGUGCUUGGACGGCGGGGAGCUCUUCAGCCGAAUUCAAGACAGGGGAGACCAGGCCUUCACGGAACGGGAGGCUUCAGAGAUAAUGAAGAGCAUCGGGGAAGCCAUCCAGUACCUACACUCGAUCAACAUAGCGCACCGGGACGUGAAGCCAGAAAACCUCUUGUACACCUCCAAAAGGCCCAAUGCUGUGCUAAAACUCACGGACUUUGGCUUUGCUAAAGAAACCACCACGCACAACUCCUUGGCCACUCCAUGCUACACGCCGUACUACGUGG